CCCUGACCCUCUCCCACGGAGCUUCAGCCAGUGAUACUGCUUCCCGGAUGAGAAGGACGGCCCUGAAGCCCACAGCGAAGCCAGCCCCACGGCCACCGGCCCUCCAGUCUCCUCACGGCUCUGCAACAGCCCAGACCAGAAGCGCUCCCGACAGAAACGCAGGCGUGCACCAGUCCUAAUGUCGGUCAAGGACAACAUGGCACCUGCCCCCACAGAAGGCUUCACCACGGCACCUGCUAGUGACUUCGGAGAGAUCCACAACUGGAAUGAGCUGCUCUACUUCUUCAACCACACCUUGCCCGAGUGCCACAUGGAGCUCCGAGAGGACACCAAGCACGUGAUCCUCUUUGUCCUCUACCUGGCCAUCUUUGUGGUGGGCCUGGUGGAGAACCUCCUGGUGAUAUGGGUCAGCUGGCGCUGCUUGGGCCGGGCGGGGCUGCUGAACCUCUACGUCCUCAACAUGGCCAUCGCAGACCUGGGCAUCGUCCUGUCUCUGCCUGUGUGGAUGCUGGAGGUCAUGCUGGACUACACCUGGCUCUGGGGCAGCUUCUCCUGCCGCUUCACGCACUACUUCUACUUUGCCAACAUGUACAGCAGCAUCUUCUUCCUGGUGUGCCUCAGCAUCGACCGCUACAUCACCCUCACCAGCACGUCACCCUCCUGGCAGCGCCACCAGCACCGAAUGCGGCGGGCCGUGUGUGCAGGAGUUUGGGUCCUCUCGGCCAUCAUCCCACUGCCCGAGGUGGUGCACAUCCAGCUGGUAGAGAGCUCCGAGCCCAUGUGCCUCUUCAUGGCGCCCUUUGAAACCUACAGCACAUGGGCCCUGGCGGUGGCCAUGUGUACCACCAUCCUGGGCUUCCUACUGCCCUUCCCGCUCAUGGUGGUCUUCAAUGUGCUGACGGCCUGCCGGCUUCGGCAGGCGGGAUGGCCUGAGGGCCGGCGCCACUGCCUCCUGGUGUGCGCCUACGUGGUCAUCUUCGCCAUCUGCUGGCUGCCCUACCACGUGACCCUGCUCCUGCUCACACUUCACGGGACCCACAUUGUCCUCCACUGCUACCUGGUCCACCUGCUGUACUUCUUCUACGACGUCAUUGACUGCUUCGCCAUGCUCCACUGUGUGGUCAACCCUAUCCUUUACAACUUCCUCAGCCCGAGAUUCCGGGACCAGCUGCUGAGUGCCGUGGUCCAUUACCUUCCCAAGGCCCGGGCCAGGGCAGACAGACGGGCUUCCUUGUCCUCCUCCUCCUCCACUCAGCAUUCCAUCAUCAUCACCAAGGAGGACGCCCAGCCUGCUGUGGCAGUCCCCCAGGACCACCAAGCCUGAACCGGUAGGCGCCAAGGACCUCACCCCUCUCCGUCCCUCAGUGUAGAUCCUACUCUCCAUCAGUGAAGAAGAAAGCUGCGGGUGUAGGUGAGAGAUUUUGGGGGGACGGGGGGAAGGGCCAAAAUGCUCACGGUUGAUUUUGAGUAUGUCUUAUAAAAGUGAGACGGGGAGGAGGUGGGGCAGGGAGGGGCAGAGAAUAGGUCUUUGGUGGUGUCCUGUUCGUUUCAAUCCUCGGGACUCAAGAAGAGACUUGGGAAAAAUGGUGAAAUAAGUAACGCAGACAGCCGUGACUCUGGCUCUUUCCAAAAUCUGUACCUCCAGCUCGGAUAGGCUAAAGAGAGGCUCAGCAGAAACUCGACACACUCAUUGCAACAAUCACCCUGGCCGGAAAGAGUGUGCUCCGCGGGGACCUCACACAACUUUCCUUUUGUGCUUGUGUGCUUGCUGAUUCCCCGCCCCCCCCACCACCACCACCACACUGUGCAGGCUGUGAGGACAAGCGGUCAGAGGCCAAGGAACCAGGAGGCCUCAGCAGUUUCCUAGCAUCCUCGGUGAUAUGAUGGAUGGAGGGGGUGAAGCAGAGGUCUGGUGCCCCACCCCCACCAUCCAGGAAGUGGCUCCAUUUCCUUGCUGAUACUCUCCCCUUCAUCCAUCCUGCUUCCCUCCCCACGAAGCAGAGGAACCAUCCCAGAGUCAAUGUUCCUCGGAGCCCACGUGCUCCCACCUUCAGAUGUAGGACAUUUCCAGACUUCUAGGAAGAGAUUCUAUCAGAAAUCCACCCCCAUCCCUCCCUUUCUCUCUAGAUCAUGGGAAAAUAUCAAGGGACAUCCAUUCUGACAGCAGACCUCGGGAGAGUCAGCAGCAGACGCUCCCGGAGGCUCUGUCCCUCAGCCCUUGUCCCCUGAGCAGGGGAUGGGGAAGUAGAAAUUUUCCGAUUCUGUCACAAGGCACAGCUCUGGUAUUCUAAGUCAGUCCUCACCCUUAAACUUCAUUCUCCCUGGCCAGGUCUUCCAUUAAUUUUCCUGUCCAGCAACUUACUUCUAUUCAUGCUUGUCCUAUAAAUAGGAAAAGAAGCCUUCUUGUUGACAAGUAGGUCUUCUGAAAAAGACUCAUUUAUCAAUUUGGGAAUCUAGGACCAUGUCCAUGAAGGAAAAGUCUAAGAAUCAGUCCCCAGCCCACUAGUUCCAAGUGCUUGGUGUCCUAACUCCGCCCGAGCAGAAUAAAGGGCUUGUGAACAUAAUCACUGACGGCCUCUGCUCUGCUCAAGAGCUCAGUAUUGCUGGAAUGUUUCACUUGGAAUAACCAUUUACUGACCUGGAGCACCGUCCCGCUUUUAGAAGUCUGAGAACUGCAUUUAUCUGAUGCACUAAACAUGUGCUCCGAUAGUGUAUGUACCCGUCUGUCAGGGGCACAGAGGGAAAUGCAGCAGCAGUCCCGCUCGCCGGACCCAAAAAUCCGAAAGGGUCUUAAGCGACAGAGAGCUACUCCGCGCGGCACAGAGCUGAAGGCUUUUUCAGCCAGGACAGUGGCUUGUGACUUGGGGUUGCAGGAAGGCAUUAACCUAACAA